AUGAUCAGUUUGGAAUCAAGUAACACCAGUGCAUUUCAAAAAAUCCUAUCUUUUCCGGAUACACACCGAUCCCGAAGAGAUAUUAGAACUUAUCAAGAAUCAAGAAACACCAGUGCAUUUCAAAAAACCAUAUCUUUUCCGGAAACCAGCCGCACCAGACAAAAUACUAAAAACAGAUCUCUUCUGGAUGGUUGUUACUCACCAAUAAUUGAAGAUUAUCCGAAUUUAACUCCCAAAUAUAUAGACGAAUGUAAAACAAUAAAUGAUAGCCAUAAUUAUUAUGAUUCAAAUUUUUUGAUAGAAUUAUUAAAAAAGUAUUCAGAGGUUAACAAUAAAUUAAACGAAAAUGUACUUAAACAAAUUAAUAAUGAAAAAGCUAUAUUUUUUGGUCUAAAUGAUAUUUAUAAAUAUUUAAGUCUUCACAUUAAAGAAAAUUCUUCUUCUUCUACAUCAUCUCCUACUUCAUCUUCUACGUUUUCUUUAUCAAAAUUAUUUUCAUGCAGUAGUUCAAAAAACACAAUAGAUUAAAAACUAUUGUUAAGACAGCAAGUAACUCAAAAACGACACCAUGGAGUAUUAUGAAUUAGAAAUUAAUUUUAGUUAUUACAAUUAAAUUACAAGAUUAAUUAAACUAAAUAUAAAACAUUGUACUUAUAAUUAAAAAAAUGAUAAAUUUUAGUUUUGUGUAAAGAAUAAAAUUUAAAAAA